AUGGUCACUUUCAUAAACGCUCUGCUACUAGUCGUCAGCGCCCUCCAGGUGCAGGCGACUCCCUCAAGUCCACCCAGCUACGGUAGCCCGCCCAGCUACAACAAGCCGCCGUCCUACAACAAGCCGCCAUCCUACAGUCCACCGCCGGCCUACAAACCACCGCCGGCCUACAAACCACCGCCUGCCUAUCCGCAGAAGUGCAACGCCGACAAGUGCUUCGCUUCGGCCAAUCUGCCCGCUCAGUACAAGCCUACAGCGUCGGCGUUCUGCCAGAAGUACAUCAACAAAUACCCUGGCACAGUCACAAAAGUCUCGACAAUUUCGAUCACUGCCACGACAACUGUGCCUGCCGUUCUGGCUACCACAACGAAGACUAUCACGGUUACUGGUUCUGCUGCCACCAGUACCUUCAUCAGCACAGUGACAACGACUCCAGCCCAGACGACCGAUACAAUCACCACCGGAACUGUCUCGACCGUAUACACUCUGUGCUCCACCACAGCCACAUCGGCUGUCAAUCCCGUGGUCAACUAUCCGACUUUCACGCGGACAAAUGCGAAGCGAGACGCCCUGCCGUCAGGACAGCCGGCGCAGAAACCUGCGAUUCCACCACAGCUGUCGUCCGGAUGCUCCAGUCAAGGCCUCGAACAAAAGAUCAGCUCGGCCUGCUCCUGCUUCCUCACGUCGCUCACAUCCGUGACGGUCUCAACAACCACCAGCAAAACGGUCACUACUACUACCAAGACCCUCGCCGCCCUGAAAACGACCGUCACCAGCACUGUCAAUACAGCCCUUCCAGCCGUGACGGUCACCACCAUAACGACCGUGUCAGGCGGUGCGGGUCCCACGCCUGCAACGUCGACUGUCUACACAACCGACACCACUGCGACCUCCCCAGCAGGACAGACUCUCGCUCGCUUCCGUAUCGAGGGCAAGGACAGCGAGGGUACGCUCUGGGACGGCUGCAUAGCGUCUGGGGCUGAGGACAUCACCACUCCAAACGGUGGCACCCACAAGUGCGACGGUACCAACAACGGCGCCAAUCCCACUCCGGGCGGCACACUCAUUACGCAAAUCGAUGCUGCCGCCCGGGUCAACGGCUUCACCUAUGACGGAACAUACUCCAAUCAGUUCGAUGACUUCUUUAUCUCUCGCAUCGGCAACAGUGACUCCAACGAUGGUUCCAAUCGAUACUGGGGCGUGCUCCAAGAGUUCCAGUUCACCCCCGCCGGCGGUUGUGAAGAUGCAAUCGAUACAAACAGUGAAGGUCUCUGGGCAUACAAUGCGUUCAACGCCAAUUACUUCCUUCGCAUUGAGCAGGAUUACCAGGUCCUGCGGCUGGGGCAGACGGUGAGUGUGACCGUGAUAGACGGGCAGUCCGGCAUUCCUAUCUCUGAUGCUUCGAUCGCCGGCGUAAUUACCGAUGCCAACGGUCGGGCUACGUUUGUGGUGCCGAGCACGCCGGGAUGCUACCAAUACAAGGCCACCAGAAUGUCGUCCAAGGAGAAUGUCGCCCGAGAUGUCGCCCGAGAUUACAUGUCGGCCGAGGAGAAUGUCGCCCGAGAUUUCGCCCGAGAAUACAUGUCGGCCGAGGAGAGCAUCGGCCGAGAUGUCGCCCGAGAUCAAAUGUCGGCCGUCGGCCGAGGAGAAUGUCGGCCGAGCAUCAAUGUCGGCCGAGAAUCAAUCGCCCGGUAG